CUCGAUAACACGUGACUCCUACAACUCUGGCUAUCGGAUCUUAGGGAGGUAUUAACUAAAAGAAAUGCAUCAUGAACUAUAAUUUAUAAAAUGGUAUUAUUUUCAACAUGUAAGUAGUAUAAUUUUUAGACUUGCUACUACUUAACUAUAUCCUAUAAUCGUUAGUAGCAUGGUAUAAUGUACAUUACAAUACAAUUUCUUAUUUAGCAUUGCCCGUUUAUGUGAAGAUACAAGUUAGUUUCCGAUCAAAAGGACUGAUAAAAGCAUUUAGACGCUACCAUAAAAUUACAGAAAUUACAAAGUAAAAAGUGGAUCGGCUACAAUGGAAUAUCGACUGGAAUUAUUGAACAGUUCGUGCAUGCUACAUACUCUAGCUUUAUUUCUCACAUUUUCUAUCGUGGUAUAAGUAUUAAUUUUCAUCAAGAAUGUAAUAAUUAUUGACAAAUAAUUAAUUGUUAUUGAUUUUACUGGUCCUUCUUAAAUUACUGCUUCUAUUAUUAUAUAUCUCUUUGACAUGCUGUUUGACGUAUGUCAGUUACCAAGAAAACUUUGAGUGAUAAAAAUUGAUUCAGAAUUGAUACAAUAACAUGGGAAUAGUUCAUUUGAAAUUUCAACGGAUGUUAUACGUCCUUCGAAUAUUCGGGACUUUUACAAAUACAUGGCCGCCAUAUCCAAAUGCUGGAAAAAAUGAGCUUAUUUUUCGUAAUCUUUACUAUUAUAGUGCUAUUUUUAUAUUGCUUGCAGUAUGGAUACCAAUGAUAAUUAGUACGUACAAGAAUCGAGAUGAUAUCGGCGUAUUAAUGAAGAACAUGUCUCAUAUAGCGGCUUUCACCGAAGCUAUACUUAAUUCAAUCUUAUGUAGGACUAAAAGAAAAGAAUUACAGAAUUUGAUGAUUAGCAUCGAGAAAUUUGCAAGAGUUUCACAGAGUUACGAAAAAGUUAUUCUGCAGAAAUAUAUAAAUCGCUACGUCAUAUUUAUUUCAACGGUUGCUACUUCCUUUAUAAUAGCAGGAAUUACUGUCAUUUGCGCUCCUCUAUUUUUACCGUUGGAAUUUCCCAUAGAUGUGUGGUAUCCGUUUUCAACAAAACCGCCAUUUCAGAAAUUUAUUCUCUACAUUAUGCAAAUAUUUGCAGUUGCACACACUGUAUUUUGUUUUGGUGUAGAUAUCAUGAUUACAGUUAUUUUAUUUUACUCUUCAGCUAAACUUGAGAUAUUAGCUUCUGAAGUACAGCAUGCUACUCAUGAAAUUCAUAUAAUAGCAUGUAUCAGAAAACAUCAAGAAAUAAUAAGGUAGGUGAUAAAGAUUUUAUGGAGAGCAGAUUCACGUUUACUAGUUAUUGUAGAAAUUAGCUGAUCGCUAUAGACACCAUGUGCAUACAUACUUGCAAGUAUACGCUUUCUCCCUCUCUCAAUUGAAUAAAUAUAAAAAGUGAUGGUAAAUUUCACCCAUUUUUGAGACCUCGAAUUUCAAACUUCCUUUCAUGGCAAAUAGUACUAUUAAUAGAUGAAAUAUUAAUCCCAGUAAAAUUUCAAGAUGAGCACGGUUCCAGAGAUACAAGGAGGUAAAGGUGAUGAUUUCCAGUCGGGAUGUAUUUCAUAAGGAAGAAUGCGUGGCUGAAGUUCAUAUAAUAUUGAGGGUAUUUUCUGUCAAAUGGAUCUUCUACGAUUCAUUAUUCAAAGAAUGAAGAUUCAACUAUUCACCGUUGUCAUUUAUGGGGGGGGGAGGUGAAGCAAUUUAAUUACCAAGGAAAUACUCAAAUUGAAAGAUAAAGUCCUGCUAGAUGACGUACUCACAACUUCUUUCGCAGUUGAAGUACUUAAUUAUCAUAUGAAGUACACUCAACAGCAAAAUUAAAGGAUCACUAAAAUAUUGCCGAAAAAUUGUCUAUUUUUUAACUGUUUUAACUUCGUGAAAUAAAUUCGUACAAUUUUUUUAUACUCAUUUUAAAGGGCAAAGCCUCUACUUUCGCUUCCAUAAGUUGAUUUUCCUCGAAGUUGCCUUUACACUAGGUAGCGAGGUGGAAACUUAAAGAAGGAUUUAAACCUCGAAAAUUUUGCGAACUCAAACGACUCUACAGAGUUGCAAAAAUUUAUUUCGCGGCUCACAUUAGCAUGAAUUUGAAGAGUGAAGCCUACUCUUUAAAAUGAGAUGUCGAAAAUUGAUCUACGAUUUUUUUUCGCCGUUUUGUAGCAUUUUGAACGAUUUUUGACCAAAAUACUAUAACUUCGUGAAAAAAUUUAUACGAUAAUUUUUCUUGGCUCAUGUUAAAGGGCGAAGUCUCUACUUUCACUUCCAUAAGGCCCGGUCUACAAUGAGUCGUUAGUCAGAAGUCGCAACUAUAUGU